CCAGUGUGUUCAGAUAAACAUGAGGAUGCCAUCAGCAUAGGAGCGCAUGAUACAUUUCUGUCACUCUACUUUUCGAUACUUCGAGUGUUUACCUCCAAGUGAAGGCCAAACCUGUAUGGCCCCAACUAUUACCAUGUCAGCUUUAUCCAUUGGCUUGAAAACUGAAGACAUUCAUUCGCGUUCGGUUCUCGUUGGAAAAGGCGAGAUGCAGACCAAUUUGAUCGUGAUGGCCGAGGAGGCAGCGAUCAAGCCCAAAGUUGCGAUUCUUCCCUUCAGCGUCGAAGCUCUGAUGGCUGAUAGGAAACCGAACAGAGACUUGACAUCUCCAGAAAGGUCAUCCAUUGCGGGGACGUCCCAGGCGCUAGGCUCACGGAUGGGUUCGCUUUCGAGCCUGGAUAACUCGGUCCCCUCCUUGACUAUCGGGUCGCCGUUCUCGGUAGGCAACAUUAUGAACAUGCAAGAGGACGCAAUGGUUAAACCCGAGAGUCCAGAAAGUCAAGACCGAAAUUCUUGGAUACAGAGUCCUCGCUUUUCACCUACUCCACGAAGACUAAGUCCCCCCGCCUGUCCACUGAGAAAGCACAAGACCAAUAGAAAGCCCCGGACCCCUUUCACCACGUCCCAGCUCCUGGCUCUGGAGAGGAAGUUUCGCCAGAAGCAGUACCUCUCCAUCGCCGAGCGCGCAGAGUUCUCCAGCUCGCUCAACCUGACUGAGACCCAGGUGAAAAUAUGGUUUCAGAACAGACGAGCCAAAGCCAAGAGGCUCCAGGAGGCAGAACUGGAAAAACUAAAAAUGGCAGCCAAGCCAAUGCUGCCUCCGGCGUUCGGAAUUUCCUUUCCGCUCGGUGCGCAUGUCCCCUCGUCGUAUGGAGGGUCGCACCACUUCCAGAGGCACUCCCUGCCGAUGUCUCCCAUGGGACUGUACGCUGCUCAUGUCGGAUACAGCAUGUAUCACCUCGCCUGACGUGAAGGAAGGACAUAUUCUGUGCCAUGUUGACUAUGAAGUGCUUCAACAUAAACCCACAUCGCCAAAAGACUACCUGGUGUUGAAUAUCACGACUGGAUAGUCAUAAGUAAGGACUGCCUUGUAAAAGUGCAGUCUUCCUCGGUAUGUCAAGUAUAGUCAUCUACUUUGCCAUUAGUUUGAUGCCAUGGUUGAUUAUUGGGUCACUAAAGCUUAGCUAAGCUCUGCCCGAGUCCACUACAAACUUAAACCAUGCGAAAGUUUUACUCAUUGGGUUUUGCACCAACACACAUAAGACCCAAAAGGUAGGUUGGGCUCUCAUCACUUCUGUGAACUGCUGUCACUGCAGACUAAGGAUAACUAAGAUGGUAUAUUUUUCACUUGCAUUCAUGUCAAUGCGUAAAAUAGUGGGUUACUUAAUCCAAUGUCAAUUAAUGCUCUUUGUUAAAUUCGGAGAACCACAGCAUUUUUAAAAAAUAUUAUAACAACACUGUCUGUUGUUUGAAUGAUUCCCUUCGGAAGGGAUUUGUGUACUGUAAACUACUGUAUAUUUGAAAAAUACCCUCAUUUAUAUUGAAUAUAUUUGUGACAUAAAUUAACAAUAAAUGGUUUAUUCUUUUUCA